GAAGCCCCUUUGUCCACUGCAAUUCACCAUAUAGACCUCCCUCAGUCUCUGCACCUGUUCCACUCCUUCUGUCCUGUCAAUCUUUUGCUCCCUUCACAGCGAUCACCACGCCUGCUACCAUCCACCCUCCCCGUCCCCUUCCGCGUCGAGUUCGACUGUAGGCAGCUAACCAGUACCCGUGUCCCUACCUGGUUCUGCGCAAACCAGUCGUGUCUUCGUGUACUACAGCGUCUGCGCAGAUUUCCAGACAGCCAUCAUGGCUGAGCAUGUCGAUGGAGCGUCUCCCAAAGAACAGAUACUCGAAGCAUGUCGGAGAGACAAUCUCGAACUGUUUCACGAAGUGCUCAAUGACAUGAAGGACAAAAGCAAGGAACAGGUAGCAGAUUUCUUCAACUCCACCACAGACACUAUGGGAAAUCACCUUUUACACGUAUGCGCAAGUUAUGGAGCUUAUGACGUUAUGGACGAGUUACUCAACAUUGAAUUCCUCGAAUGCGAUCCCUUAAAUCGGCGAGAAAAAGAGACACCCAUUCAUUGCGCAGUCAAGUACGCCAACGAGCGAGAAGUUGAACUUGGACAGGCAAUGGCAAAAAUGUUGAUCGACGCCGGAGGUGAUCCUAGAGUCAAAGACAAACAUGGCAGAAAACCUGCUGAGAUUUGCACACCCAGAACAGAAGAGCUGCGUGGCAUACUCAUCAAGGAGGAAUAUGUUCUGAACGAAGGUCUCCAGAACGCAGAUGUCCACCCGGAUGAGGCGGACGAUGGAGACGCUGGGCCGCCUUCAGAUUCGGAAUGAAUAUCGUCAGGUUGAAGACUAUACUUGCUGGAACAUCGCAAGCUGUCUAUGGCACAAGUCUAGCCAAAGUGAUGUGCUCGCCCUCAGUCCGAGUCUGGUCUGAAAGCAGCAGAACAAAGUGCUUCCUGGAAUAUCCACAUUCACCAGUCAACGCACGGAGGAAUUGGAGAUGAAUGGACCUACACCUCCCUCACUCGUUUGGAACGUGGACGUGGCAGUUCCCACAGAAGGUCACAGUCCAGGUUCGGUGCUGGUACAAGGGUUCUGACCAAAACACCACCCUUCUGGAAUAUUUGAAAGACAAGGUCUUCCCUAAAAUAUCUCCGUCCUGGUGACGGUAUGACGGAACUGGACCAAGUUGCAGCUGACCAAGGACUUGGAUGGAGCUGUUGACAGCUAAACAAUUGAAAACACUAGAUUACGCCAAGUCCACCUCCUUCUGAUUGUUGACCUUUUGUUUACCCUUGACCCGCGCUCUCCAAGAAAGAAUCAGACAUAUGGCGCACAAGAUGCCCAGUCCGUCAAAUCCAAUUGCCAGAUACCAAGCUCCACGAUAGCCUUGCAGCUGGUUACGGCCGCCGGAGUUCACAUUUACUUCAACAGUGCCCGCCAUGCCCAAGCCGAUUGAAAUACUAUAAUUGAUGACCGUGUUGAUAAGGGAUGCCGCCAGUCCUUGGUGCUCGGGCGGCAUAUGGUCAGACAGCACAAUAUUUCCGGACGGGAACGACAUAUCCAUGCCCCAGGGAGUGAUGACG